AUGACCGUGCGUGACUAUAUCCGCAAGUUUAUACUGAUAAACAAGAAGAACCACAAGAUACAGUUCGCCAAUCCGCUGGAACUACUGAUCACAGUGCUACUCCCACCAUUGCUCAUCCUAGUGGCCAUUCUGAUGCGUUUCUUUAUAGAGGUGGGUUCUCACUCCGAUAAGAUUUACGGACCCAUAGAUUUGGACGACGCCUGGCUGAAGAUGGUGGAGAAGCUGCAGAAGGCGCGACUGGUGGCCGAUAAAGCCAAUAUAAAGGCGAAUCCAUUCACACCGCAUCUGAUUAUCGGUUGGGCACCCGACGACUAUCGCGUCUUUCAAUCGAUGAUGGAGCGGGUCACGAGGGAGGUCGAUCCAAUGACCACGUUGAGUUUCAAGGAUUGCGAUCGCUUGCAAAAGGCGAUGGUGGAGAAUAGCCUGUUUGCUGGUAUCUGUUUCGAUGGGGAUACGUUUACCAGGCACCAGAGCUUCGAGGAGGGCACCAUAAAGAACCCGGACAUCGUCAGUACGCUGCUCAACUAUACGAUCAUGAUGCCCAGCGAGCUGAGGAUGAUGGACGGCGACUUCAGAAACGCCAACUGGAUGACGAUGUACGAGUACGAUACGUUCAGCUACCUUAUCGAUCGGCUAGAUCAGCCGUCUGAGGGCGGAUUUGUGGGCUACGUUCGCGAAGGAUUCAUCCGGCUGCAGAAGUCCGUCACCGAAUCCUUUCUCUUCCUUACCAGCCGCAAGCCCCUGCCGACCAUCCAUUUGAGGCGCUUUCCCGUAAUCGGACACAAACAGGAUCCCAUGAUGUUUAAUUUGGACUACGGUGUGCCCAUCCUAAUCGUCAUCGGGUUCCUCUUCCCUGCCCAGCUUUUCGUUUGGCAGGUGGUCAGUGAGAAGCAGUCCCAAUUUCGCCUAUUUCUGGUCAACAUGAACAUUGGCAAUCUUAUUCACUUUGUUUCCUGGUACCUCAAGGGUUUGAUUUACAUGAUGAUAAGCUCGGUCAUUAUAGUGGUGCUUUUAAAGAUACGCUGGGACCAGGAUCACGGGGUACUGCCCCAAACGCCCUGGCACGUACUGAUCGUAGUGCUAUUCUGCUACAACUGCGCCUCGCUUGCCCUUUCGCUAAUGGUGGCCGGGUUUUUCCGGAAUCCCCUCAACGCUGUUCGGGUACUAACUCUCGUCUGGCUAACUUCCUAUUUGCCCAUUAUUGCGCUGUGGAAUAACCAGAGUGGACAUAUACAACCCAUGGAAUAUAUAGCCUAUGUGCUGCCAAAUGUGGUAAUUGCCCUGGUAUUCGAUUGCCUGAUCGAACGCGAGUCGGUGGCCCAUGUUCCGUGGGAGGAUCAUGACUAUACUCAAAACUAUAGCAAGGGUCCCAUAACAGUGGCCUCGAGCAGCUGGAUCCUCAUGGUGAACUCAUUGGUGUACUUAGUGAUUGGUCUGUAUGUGGACAUGUGGCGGGCGAGCGAUCGAUCGGGUAAGAUGAAAAAGCAGUCGGCCAAUGCCAGUGUCCAUGAGGAUCCGUAUCAGGAACGAGCGGAUAGCUUUACGCAUCAGGGUCAGGCCAUUGGGGUUAAUUCCACGAAGAUCUAUGAGGUGGAACCCUCGCAUCGGCGCUUCAAGCUGAAGAUCAAGAAGCUCUGCAAGCGUUUUGCGGCCAACGAUCGUCCGGCGUUGAAUCUCUUCUCGUGGAAUGUGUACGAGAACGAGGUCACCGUGCUGAUGGGUCACAAUGGCUGUGGCAAGAGUACACUGUUCAAAAUCCUAGCCGGCUUCUUGGAACCCACUCGCGGCACUGUGAUGAUAUCGAGCUAUAAUAUACAGACGGAGAGGAAGGCGGCAUCCAUGGAAUUGGGCAUUGCCUUUGGUAAUGAAUUGCUUAUACCAGCCUACAGUGUCAUUGAUUAUUUGCGAUUUAUCUGCCGGGUCAAGGGACUGCAUAAUAAGAUAGAAAUAGAUGGACAGUCCAACUAUUUUCUAAACAUCCUGCAAAUCGGAGAUUUGAAGGCCAAGCGAAUCCGCAAACUCACCGCCCGCGAUUUGUGCUUGGUCAGCAUUUGCAGUGCCUUCGUGGGCAAUAGUCCCAUAGUCCUUAUAGACGAUAUACACUCGGACCUCGAUAAGCGCACCCAGAUGCUGGUAUGGAAUCUGAUCAACGAGGAGAAGUCCAAGCGCACCAUUAUUCUGGUCUGCAACUCUCCGCCGCUCGCUGAAAAUAUUGCCGAUCGAAUGGCCAUCAUGUCGAAUGGGGAACUCAAGUGUACCGGCACAAAACCCUUUUUGAAAAAUAUGUACGGACAUGGCUAUCGAUUGACCUGUGUGAAGGGCAAAAACUGCAAUUUGGAGGAACUGCUCAUCCUGAUGAACAGUUAUAUGCCUAAUAUCGGCAUCGAGAGGGAUAUUGGCUAUAAGAUCACAUUCGUGCUGGAGAACAGGUACGAAGAUAUGUUUCCCAUACUGAUCGAAGAUCUGGAGAACAAUAUGCGGCGACUGGGUGUGGUCAGCUUCCGGAUUCGGGACACCUCGAUGGAGGAGAUCUUCCUGCGAUUUGGAUGCGAGGAGAACGACCAGAGCGGCGUUUUGCAGUCGCCCGAGAAUGCCCAAGGUAUGCUGGAUGAGUACUAUGCCACCUUGGCGGAGGCCAAUGAGAAGGGGAGACUGACGGGCUGGAAAUUGAGUUUGCUGCAAGCGAGGGCAAUUUUCUACAAACGUUGGAUCACGGCCUAUCGACAUUGGAUCAUUUUUAUUUUCGAGCUAAUAUUCUAUUGUAUAGUAGCGCUGGUCAUUUUCUCCAGCAUUAUGAUCUACGGUAAGAAUUUCCAGUUGGUGCCGCUGACCUUUAACCUCAGCGAGCUGAACACCGUGGAUGCCUUCGUUGAGCUGUUUUCCGAGGAGGAGGAUGUCAAGAACAUGUACGCCUAUUAUACGGAAUUGCUCUAUUGGUACGAUGCCCAUUUGACGACGCUGACGAGGAACCAUCGCAGCAAAUACGCACUGUUGACCCAAAGCGAUUUUAGCAGCCGCGCAAACGGUCAACACAUAUUCGGGGCCACCUUUGAUGAGAAUAUUGUCACCGCCUGGUUCAACAAUAUACUUCUGCAUACGGCUCCCUAUUCCUUGAAUGUGGUUCACAAUGCGGUGGCAAGGCACCUUUUCGACGAAGAGACUACCAUUGAUGUUACCCUGAAGCCACUUCCCUUCCGGACGCGCCUCAACAUGAUUCCACCGGCACAACAUGGCUUUAAUGGCUGUGUGGCAUUCACCUAUUGCUUACUGUUCAGUUUCGUUUGGCCAGCAUUUGCGGUUUAUCUGAUCAGCGAGCGUGGCAGCUUGUUGAAAAAGCAACAGUUUUUGGCCGGAGCCAGAAUUUGGGGCUACUGGAUUUCCAUGUUCCUGUACGACCUAUUCUUCCUGCUGAUCUUCUGCUGUUGCACUGUGGCUCUGGUGGCCAUCUACGUGGAACCCAUUCACGAUGCCAUGCUAUACGUUUUUAUAGCGCUAACCUUGCUUUUGGCUGGACUUUAUGUGACCCUGCUCGGUUAUCUGAUAUCGGGUGUCGUCCGGAACCCGUGCUAUGGAUAUUUGUUGCUAUGCGGAAUAAACGCUCAUGGGUUUCUGUUAUUUGCAAUGAAAUAUACGACUGGCAUUAGAUUUAUGGCCCUAGAACUGGGCUUCUUUCCCAUGUUCACGGUGGCAGUGAUACUGUUCGAGACUUUUGAGAUCUACGAGUGGAAAGUGGGCUGCCAGGAUCCCAUUGUGAACUUCACCUCCGUCGAGGUCUUCAAGUGCGAAAGCGUUCCCAACUGCUGCAUAUCUAUGGACUACCUUACCCCUGGUCCCGGAAUUCCAGAAGAACUUGGUGUGCUGGCGUUGUUUGUCGUUGCAUGCGGGAUUUUACUGUUCAUCUCGGAGUAUUAUUCGAUCGUGGGAUUCGGACGAUGCCGCAGGGCAUCGAAGAAAGCUCCUGAGACCGUUGGAAAUAGGGAUAGCGGUCGUUAUCCCGGCCAUUUGUCGCAGGACUCUGCGGUCAUCGCUGAAAAAUUCCAGACCAGUCAUUUAACGGAGGAGGAGCGCAACCAAUACGCAGCUAUCGGAAUGGGAAUGGUCACUAAAAAGCGAAAGGAACAGGUGAUUAGGGACCUGGACUUCUCUGUGGCCAAAACGGAGUGCCUUAGCAUUUCCGGGUCGAAUAACUCCGGCAAGACGACGCUGGUGAAGCUGCUGGUGAGCGAGGAGAAGCUGAGGAGUGGACAGAUCUGGAUCGGGGGCUACUCGAUGCUCCUCCAACGACUUCAGUGCUACCGGCAGGUGGGCUACUGCCCCCAGAGGGACAAUCUGCCGGCGGAGUUCACGCCCCGUGAUCUGCUCUAUAUUCACGCCAUGCUCCAGGGACACCGGCACAAGAUGGCCAGGGAACUGGCCGACUCCCUGCUCCGGAUGCUGGGACUCACUCCCUGCUGGAAUCGAUCGGUAGCAAUGUGCACGUCUGGGCAAAUCCGUCGAUUGUACUUUGCCUACGCCGUCCUGGGAUCCCCGAGUUUCAUUUGCGUAGAUGGUGUGCCGGCUGGAUUGGAUCCCACGGGCAAGCAACUCAUCCUGAUGAUGACCGCCACCCUUCAGGCGAUGGGAUGCAGCUUUCUGUACACCAACCUCACGGCUCUGGACUCCGAGCGACUGUGCCAGCGAACGCCGCUCCUCUUGGACGGCCAACUGUGGACCAUUGGAACAGUGGAUGUCGAGAACGAGAACUACAAGGGGGGAUAUCAGCUGGAGGUGCGAUUCAAGCGCAAGGUGAAUCCCAAUGUCAGCAUGUCACGGGCCACCUGGAACCUCAUCAAUCACUUUCCCAUGUCACCGAACAAAAAGUUCAGCGCCUUCAUGGAGAUCAAGUUCCCAGAGGCCACGCUAAAGGUCGAAAGAGAGGACUCAAUGGUCUUUCAAAUUCCCCUGGGCACCACCACCUUUGCGGACAUAUUUUUGACACUACGCAAAGAUUCCUUCGAAAUGAACAUCGAGGACUAUUUCAUCACGCGCAAUUUGCGCAUGGGAUUCCAGAUUUUUACUAUUGAUCAAUUUCACGAUAAUAAUCUGUAA